AUGACAGACCGGUAUCGAGGCUUCCCGCCCUUUGUCCCCAGCCGGUCGUCCACCUUCAAUCCGGCCAGAACGUCCUUGCCUACCGGCAUAGGAUACAGCUCAAUCUAUGCUGGCGAUAUGCACAUCAUGUCGUCGGCGACCCCACGCCAGCACAUGGCCACGCCGAGGGGCUACACCGCGUCCACGCCAGCCUCCGGCGGCGGCCCUGCCACCACACGCACCUACGCCGUUACUCCAGACCGGCUGCGCCAGAACACGCGCGAGGCCGGCCGCACGCGGCGCUCAACUCUGGACUCGGCGAACCGGCCGCCCAUCAUCGUAACGACGACGCAAACCGAGAGGCCGCACGGCUCACCCUCGCAUCCGUCCAACGCGCGUGGCGGCAGCCCCGUGCGGAACGGCUACCGCUCCAGCGAUGGCCAGUUUUACGCCCAGCCGGCCACGUCCAAUCGUACGCGGAGCAAUGCGCGAAAAUACAAGGUCAAUUCGAUCAACGACGAGUACGCUCGCCUGCGAGAUCGGUCCGAGCCUCAUUUGAGCCCCCGAGAGGUGGACGCCUACCGCAGCUCUCGGCCGUCGGUGGUGUACCCAAGCGAUCCCAUGCACGGCAUCGACUACGCCGUCGAUGGCUACCAGUACACCAACGCCGGGGAGCUGGCUAGGUACGACCUCGAUCAUGCCAAGCCAUCACGGCAUCGGCGACAUGACAGCGCCGAUAGGGGUUACUAUCGCCCCAACAUCAGCUACAACGCCGACCAACGAAGCUUCAACGUCAACACCAGCCAUGACUUGAGCCGCAACUACAACAUGAACACGAGCCGGCCGUACGAAGGCAGGCUGGGUCCGCCCCCGUCCUUUCGCGCCUUUGACAGGAUGAGCAGGGGGUACGACGCUCGAGACGUGCCGCCCGCCGCCCCCGUUCCUCCGUCGCCGACCACGUCGCAGCUCGACGUCACCGGCCAUGCUUCCCAUGGAUGGGAGUCGGCACGACGCAGCCGGCCACUGUCGCUUCAUCAAGACGGACCUCCUCGAUCGUCGCACCGGGAGUCCCACCACGACGAGUAUCACCGAAGCCGUGAUGACGAACGGGCCAGGCGCGACGUCCGCGGACGUGACUCGGAAUGGACCUACGAGCUGCCUCGCUUCUUCAAGGACGAAGGCGUCGGCACCCGCGGCUUUGGCAUCCGGACAGAUGUGCCGCUUUCUCCCACGGACCCGCGGGAUCGUCGUCGGGAGGCGCGGCGCGGCGAGCCAAAGAAGUGGCAAGCCGCGCCAGACGAACGGCAGGAGAAGAGGGAGGUCAGGAGAGAAGACGACGAAGUGGCGAAGGAACAUUCACGCGUCCGCGACAAGAUGCCUGCCAGUGCAGGCGUCGCUGCCGCCGCCGCCGGCCUGGCUCCUGCGCUGGCGGAGGGGGAAGAGGGGAGGGACCACGGUGCGAGGGACGACAGAGGCCGGGGCGUCGACGAGGACGGCGAUCGACGUCGGAGACCCGACGUUCAGGGCCAGUGUCCAGGGUCCGAGAGAACGAGGGAUCCGCAGAGGGAUCAGGAGAGGAAACGACGAUCACGAGAUGGGCAGGACGACAGCGCAGUGACGGCUGAGCACCCCAGUUCAGAUACAGAUGCCCGGCUGGGCGGCGAGGCUGUCGCGUCCGCUUCCGAUUCGGACGACACGAGACGCGCCUCUCGGCGCCAUCGGCCGUCCCACUCGGUCAAGUCAAAUGACGCAUCGGGCUUGAGGCAAGUAAAAGAGCAGCUUGCCGCCUUGGGCGUUUCGGAAGCGGGUGACGAGAAUGACGAAGAGGACGCUGCCGGUGCCGAAGGGCGAUGGCGAUCACGCUCGUCCUCUCCAUCGAGAGAGCCAAGGGCGGUGUCGGAAGAGCGGCGGUCCGGCGACUCCUCCGGCAAAGAUUUCCGAGGCCGCGAAGCUAUCCCUCCCGCGGCCGAGGGGAAGAAGGUGCGCCUGGUGUCGCCGCCGAAGGAGAAGGCGGAGGACAGGCCGCUCAAGGGCAUACUGAAGCAGCCAAGGUCAAAGUUUCCGGAGGAGGCCAAUCCGGUCCGAGAAGGCGUCGCGCCCCACAAAGAGGACAAGAAGUUGAAGGAGGCGCCCGCAGGGGCUCGAUGGACCAAGAUCAACCGAAAGAUUGUCAACCCCGAGGCCCUCGCCCUCGGCAAGGAGCGGUUCGAAGUCCGGGACGAUUUCGUCAUCGUCCUUCGCGUCUUGGGCAAGGAGGAGAUUCAGGAAUAUGCGGCCGCAACGCAGAUCCUGCGAGGUACGUUCCCCACUACUUUCUUUGCGUUCGCCCCGAUACUGACGACGGGUGGUGCAGAGAGACGACGACACAAGACGGAAGGCGACGACGACGACGACGACGACGACGACGACCAGAAAGAAGACGACGGGGUCCGUCGACAGCACCGGCUCCACCGGCACAGGGAAGAGGAAGAGGAGGAGGUUGACGGCAGGGAUCGACAUCGCGACCGCGACCGUGAGAGGCGCAGACACCAUAGAAAGGAGGAUGAGGACGAGCAGGAGCAGCGGCCGAGGCCGAGGGAUUCGGAACACCACCAUCACCACCACCAUCAUCGAUCGUUCCGCGAACGAGAACGGGCCGCGGAGGUGUGA